AUGGGUGUGCUAAGCGUGGUGAUGGUGCUGGGUGAAUAUCCCAUGGCAGAGCGGGAUCAACAAAUUACAGUGUCGGAGCAUCCGCACCUGAUCACCGCCCAUCAGUUAUUCCUUCGCGCCCAUUUCAUGUUCGUUGAACGUAAGCUCGAGCGUGGUCUGGGCUUGUUGAGGCGUUGCCUCCAGCUGGAGCCGCGACAUCCGGAGGCACUGCUGCAACAAGCCCGUCUCUACACGGAUAUGGAACGUUAUACGGAGGCGGCGGGCGCAUAUCGCGAUGCCCAGAUCCAUUUGCCGUAUCGUUUUGAAGUCUUCAAGGGUCUCUUCAACUGUUAUUUGGCCCAGAAGAGAUAUGCGGAGGCGCAGGCCAUCUGUACGCUGACCCUGCGCCACUUUCAAGCCUCAGCCCGAUGCUAUAUAUUGUUUGGGCGGACAUUGUUCUCCUCUGGAAAUCCGAGUAUAAAGAAGACAGCCCGUAAGUUUGCCCAGAGGGCAUUGCAAAUUGAUGCCAACUAUAUGUCGGCGGUGGCCCUGAUGGCCGAUAUCUAUGAGCUGGAGGGCAAUACGGGGGAGUGUCUGAAGCUGUUGGAAGAGCACACGACCUACCAUCCGCAUGCGGACUUUUUUGUCCAAAUGGGCAAUAUGCGAAUGAAGGAGCAGCCGAUCAAGGCACUGGAAUACUACUACAAGGCAUUGGACAUGAAUCCAAAAAGCUUGGGCGCUCUGCCAGGUAUUAAUAGCUUGAAAGGCUCCUCCUUGGACAUUGUACUGAUUGCGGGUAUCAAACGCUCCACGGAGGAUAAGCAACCGAUUGUCAAACCGGAAUUUCUCGGCACCGAUUGCAUUGAUUCCUUAUCUUCCUUGCCAAAUGCUGGGGAGGCUGUAUCGGAACUUGAUGCCAGUUCGGAGCAAAUGUGGCAGGAUGUGGAUGUGGACAUGGUAAACCUGAAUACCUCCUUCUGA